AAAUUAAAAAAAAAAAAAAGGAAGUGGUUGAAACGCUCUGAAAAGUCGCUUAUGUAACGCAACCGGUAUGUUGCGUUCUUAUAGUUGAACGUCUCAAACUCUCCCUUGCAUCCAUGCAAAAAAUCCUCUGCUUUUUUUUCCUCCUUCAUUAAUCACAUCACUUUCUGAAUAAUCGAAACGAAACGUCGCUUCUCUCUCUUUCUCUUCUUUUUUUCUAGAACGAUCACAAUCAGCCAUUGCCAUUGUUGGUUUUGUUGGUGUUUAGCGGAAUUUGUUUUGUUGGGAAUCAAGUGAAUAUUUGUGGUAGUAGUGGGAAUAUUAUAAUUAACGAUAUUAAUGGCGGUUCCAUCGGCGGUAACGGUGGCGGCGUCGCCGGCGUCAUUGUACGUUGGGGACUUGCAUCCUGACGUCUCAGACGGACAACUCUUUGAUGCUUUCUCUGAGUUCAAGAGCUUGGCCUCUGUUCGUGUUUGUAGGGAUUCUUCUACAGGCAGGUCUCUUUGUUAUGGCUAUGUCAACUUCAUUUCUCCUCAGGAUGCAUAUCAUGCUAUUGAGGCAAAGAAUCACACUUUGCUGAAUGGGAAAAUGAUAAGGGUGAUGUGGUCACUGCGAGAUCCUGAUGCAAGAAAAAGUGGGGUUGGUAAUGUGUUUGUCAAGAACCUGAGUGACUCGAUCGACAAUGUGGGGUUGCAUGAGUUAUUCCGGAAGUUUGGAAACGUAAUUUCCUGCAAAGUUGCCACAUUUGAGGAUGGGAAGAGUAAGGGUUAUGGCUUUGUUCAAUUUGAGUCAGAAGAAUCUGCAAAUGAUGCUAUUCAGAAGAUUAAUGACACCACUAUCGGCGAUAAGCAGAUAUAUGUUGGGAAAUUUAUGAACAAGAGUGAUCGAGUUUUGCCAAGUCCUGAUGUCAAAUAUACAAAUUUGUAUAUGAAGAACUUGGAUCCAGAUAUCACAGAAGAGCUUUUGCAAGAGAAAUUUUCUGAGUUUGGGAAAAUUGUUAGCCUGGUUGUAGCAAAGGAUGAAAAUGAGGCCUCAAGAGGUUUUGGCUUUGUGAACUUUGAUAGUCCAGAUGAUGCCAAGCGGGCAAUGGAAGCCAUGAAUGGAUCACAAUUUGGCUCGAAGGUUCUAUAUGUAGCAAGGGCUCAAAAGAAAGCUGAGCGUGAGCAAAUAUUGCGAAAUCAGUUUGAGGAAAGACGAAAGGAGCAGAUCAUGAAAUAUAAAGUAAGCCUAAGCUCAUUUCUCUACCUGAUGCAAUUCAUGAUCAUAACUGUUUAUGUCUUUUACCAUUGUGUAUCUUUCUCCAAAUUUCAGGCAUCAAAUGUUUAUGUGAAGAAUAUUGAUGAUGAUGUGACUGAAGAACAGCUGAGACAACAUUUUAGCCAGUGUGGUACAAUUACUUCUGCCAAAAUUAUGCGAGAUGACAAAGGAAUAAACAAGGGGUUUGGAUUUGUUUGUUUCUCCGCUCCUGAGGAGGCCACUAAAGCUGUGAGCACAUUUCAUGGACAUAUGUUUCACCGCAAACCAUUGUAUGUUGCUAUUGCUCAAAGGAAGGAGGAUAGACAAGCACAAUUGCAACUUCAGUAUGCACAGCGUAUGGCAGGAUUAGCAGGGCCUUCCACAGCUGUUCUCCCUGGAGGAUAUCCUCCACUUUAUUACACAGCUCCAACUGGCGUUGUUUCACAAGUACCUCCACGGCCGGGGAUGAUGUACCAACCUUUAGGUUUGAGGCCAGGAUGGAGGGCUAAUGGCUUUGCACCUCCAACCAGACCAGCCUUUCAACCAUCAUCACUGCCAUUGGUUCCUUGUGCUCCAAGACAAACUAGGCAAACCAGGGGUAGGAUGAACGGGCAUGCUCUUCUGCAGGGUGGUUCUCGCUCUGUCUCGUAUGUGCCACAAUUGCAACAGCCAACUCAGACGGUGACUUCUUCAAAAGAUCAAAGCAACCAGCAAGUUGUUUUUCUUUUGAACUUGAUUCUGUUCUUUUAGCUUCAUUGUUUUUUCCUCUCCCUUUUCCUUCUAUAUACAUCCACUGUUAUAUAAGUUCUGAUCGCUGUGAUCUACAUUUUGCAGCGGGCUGGGCAAGCUAAAUAUGUAUCAAAUGGUCGUGCACGAGAGGUGAACAAAGGGUCAGGAGUCCCACCAGCUGCUUCCAAUUCUGUUGCAACUUUAUCACAAGGAUCUGAGAUGCUGAGUAGCAUGCUUGCUGCCGCUUCCCCUGAGCAGCAAAAAACAAUACUAGGUGAACGACUUUACCCCCUUGUUCAGAAACACCAGCCUGAUCUGGUUCCGAAGAUCACAGGGAUGCUUUUAGAGAUGGACAAUUCUGAAUUGCUUCUUUUAUUAGAAUCGCCUGAAUCUCUGGCUGCCAAAGUGGAAGAAGCUGUGGAGGUGCUCAAGCUCUCAAAUGCUAAAGUGUCUGGCCAAGAUGCUCUUCAUUCGAGUUUCCUAUCUGCUGAAGUUGCAGUCAACUGAAACAAUAAUGGCAUUCAAAAUAAAAACCAUUUGAAGGAUAGGAGCAAAAUUUUUUAUAUCCAAAUAUCAGUAGUGAACCUUCAAAAUUUUCCUAAUCCUCACAACAUCACUCUCUUUAGUUUUUCUUGUAGGAUAUUCAU